AACGCAACACUAUUGCACAACACUAGACAGCAGUCGACAACACUACGUGAAAACGGUUCGUCAUAGAAUUUGGAAUUCCUUUGUCACUAAUAUCGUUGAAAUAAUAAAAAGUACAGCUUAAAUUAAAUCAAAGACUAUAAAUAUAUAACUUAAAUAGCAGCGAGCAACAAAAGAGCAGAUUACAGAGACAUGGCUGUUAACGUAUACUCCACAAAUGUGACGUCAGAGAAUUUGUCACGUCAUGACAUGUUGUCCUGGGUAAACGAUUGCCUGCAAUCUCAUUUCUCAAAAAUUGAGGAACUAUGCACGGGUGCCGCUUACUGUCAGUUCAUGGACAUGUUGUUCCCAAAUUCAGUGCCCGUCAAGCGUGUCAAAUUCCGUACGAAUCUGGAGCAUGAAUAUAUACAGAAUUUUAAGAUAUUGCAGGCGGGCUUUAAAAAGAUGUCGGUCGAUAAGAUUAUACCAGUUGACAAGCUUAUUAAGGGACGUUUUCAAGACAAUUUUGAGUUUCUCCAAUGGUUCAAGAAGUUUUUCGAUGCCAAUUAUGAUGGACGUGAUUAUGAUCCGUUGAUCCAACGAGGCGGCGUCAAGCUGGGCAAUGGCAAUGGCAGCGGCGGUGGCGGUGGCAGUCAUGCCGGUAGUGCCGGUGGCAGCAGCAACAAUGAUCUGCAUUUGAUGCAUCGUCGGCCACAGCAGCAACAUCCACAACAGCAGCAUCCACAGCAGCAGCAUCCACAUCCACAUCCCCAUGUAUCCAAUAAUGGUCGAAUGGGAACAAAUCCAUCAUUGCGCAAUCAUAUUGGUAUGGGCUCAACGAAGAGUAUUGCAAAAGAAUGUCGAAUUGUUGAUGAUAUUGAUAAAGAAGCUGGUGACGGUGAUAGUCGCUUCUCAAAGGUGCCGCCACGCACAACCGCUGCGACGCCGCCAAACAGAUUGGUAUCUGGCACCACGGGAGCGGUGAAGAAGAACGAUGCGGCUGGUGCGGCAUCCAACCAUCAGAUCGAGGAGCUGUCCAACCAGGUUCGUCCAGAGGUAAUGGAUAUGCGUUUGAAUCUGGAAGGUUUAGAGAAGGAGCGUGAUUUCUACUUCUCCAAGCUGCGCGACAUUGAAAUACUUUGCCAGGAAGCCGAUGAUGCUGAUCCAGCUCAGUUAAUUCAAAAGAUUUUGGAUAUACUCUAUGCAACUGAGGAUGGCUUUGCGCCACCAGACGAUGCACCCCCAGAGGACGAAGAGUACUAAAGUGCAGUCCACAAAUCAACACAACAAUCAACACUCUUUGCUGCAUGCAUAUAUUCAAAACAAUAAGUCAAAUUGCUGCGCUAAAAACUAAACUAAUUUCAACUUAAAGAACAACAACUACAAAAGGAACCAAUUAACCAACGAGAAGCAACAAUACACACACAUACAGCAUACAGACUUUAUAACAAAAAAAUAAUACAGUAAACACAACACACACACACACAUAUACAUUCAUAUGUACAUUAGUUAGUAACAGUUAAAAGAACACGUAUCGAAGAAGCUACAACAACAAUAUCAAUAUCAACUAAAAUUUCAAUUGAAUGCAUGUUACUCGAACGAUUUCUAAAUGGCAAACAGCAGCAUCUGAUUGAACAUGAAACUGUAUUACACAUUUUAUGGUAUAUAAAACGCGUUAAAACUGCUCAAUUUUGUUUGAAGACAAAGCUGUGUUACGUUAUGUUGCCUGGCAUUUAAUACGAAAGCAUAAUUAAUUAACCUACUUAAAAAAUAAUAAACAACAAUAACAACAGGCGCUGUCUUGACAAAUUCAUGUUCAUUCGUUUGCUGUUUUUGCUGUUUGGUUGACUCGAAAGUAACAUCGACAUAUUUUGUAUCUAAAUUCAUUGUUGUAGGUAAACGGAAUAAAACACGAUUGAUACAAGUAGUUUUUCAAAGGA